CACCAUCGCAAUUACGCCACUGACGUCGACGUCAUGCGUCGAGUGCCAAUCAUGUGCAUUGAAAAAUAAAAACAAAAUUUUGAUGCGUGUGUGCCGCUGUUUAGUUUUGGACGUUUUGGUCAGUAGUCGGUACUCACUCGGACACUCGGUCAGUAUGUCAUGAGAGUGUGUCAGUAACUACAACUGUCUACUACUGACUCUGUAAUCACUGCGGAAGUGCAGACUGCAGACGCUGUUCGUUGAGCUAAAGCUAAAUCGCCGACAAUCAGUUGUGAUAACAGGCAAGUCGAUUGGUGGCGAAGUGCCGACACCAGCUGACUUUAUAGUGAUCAGCGACUUGUCAGUUGUCACUUGUACAAUCUGUUGUUGUGCUCCGCGCACGUGCGUUGUUUUGAACUUCGCCGAUCGUCGACCGCCGUCAACAAUCAACAAAAAUUUCUUGAAUCUAAGAUGAAUAAUAACAGUUUAUCCAGUAUAAAUCAAUUUUCAUUAAUAACCUCAAACAUUCCUGUUGACUUGGCAUUUGAUUUCAUUACAAAAAAUGAUUUACAACAGUGUCUAGAAUAUCUCACAGCAUGGUACUGCAAAGUGGGCUGUAUCCAAUUAUUUGACGAUGAAAAAAUUUUAAAUUUGGAUACAAUACUAUCUACAAAUUUAAUUAAUAAAGUGAUAGCAAAACUACCAACUGUGGAUUGUGAUGAUUAUAAACUUCAAAAUGACAUGGAAAAUCAAUUUGAUCAAAAGCUUACUACAUUGUAUAAUUUUAAAUUUAGAAAGUUUUUAAUAGAAUUUAAAUUAUCAAACAAUUCUGCAAAUUUAGCUCGAGUGGUAUGUAAAUAUUCAAAUAAACCAAUUAUAUUUUAUUUUAAUGUACUAGCAUUAGAAAAUGCUUGGGACUCUUGGAAUAUUUUUAGGAACAUGACUGGUUAUAGUUUACAAAUUGGCAUAGUUUUGUGCCUCACUAAAUAUGUGCCAACUCAUGAUGAGAUGAGUCGAUGGGUUGGUGAACCCAUGUGUGCUUUAUCUAUUAGUACAAACCUUUUCAAUUUAAACAAAAAAGGAAAUCCAGUACUUAAUGAAAAUCAUGAAGUUAUUUUGAAAAUGGCUGUACAACAAAAAUGGACAAUAAUUGUAUCGGGCGAACCGCUACCAAAUAUGAGAGAUUAUUUUUAUUACAUUAUAUUUAUUGCCAAGAAUGUUCAUAUACCAGCUCCAAUAAUURUGUGUGAUGAUCUUCUACAACUCCCCUUGCAACCACUCAGAGACAAUCUUAUGUCUUGUGUAUAUCAUGUUUUUGAACAGGAUCCAGUUAAAUAUACACAAUACCAAAAAGCAAUACAUUUGGCAAUCAUUGACAAAAAGGUAAAAAAUAUUGUUAUAGCUGUUAUUGGUGCCGGUCGAGGUCCUCUAGUUAAAGCUUGUUUGAGAGCUGCAGAUUUAGCAGCUGUAAAUGUUAAGGUAUAUGCAGUUGAAAAAAAUGAAAAUGCUAUACCGACUCUACUUAUGUACCAAAAAAACAUUUGGGGRAAAUCUGUUGAUGUGGUUUUCAGUGAUGGGCGUGAAUGGGACCCACCUGAGAAGUGUGAUAUAAUGGUGUCUGAACUUUUGGGAUCAUUUGGAGACAAUGAAUUGUCACCAGAAUGCUUAGAUGGAGCUCAGAAAUGUUUGAAAGAUGAUGGGAUAAGUAUACCUUGUGAAUAUUCAUCCUAUUUAAGGCCUGUUAUGUCACACAAAUUGUUUAGUCAGACGAUAAGAAAUAAAGCUAUCGAUGAGUCAUGUAUAUCAAAGUCAAAAGAUUCUGCAUUUGAACAGUCAUACAUUGUUUUACAACCAAAUAGCUAUAAGCCAACAAAGACCAAAAAAUUAUUUUCAUUUUAUCAUCCAAAAAAAACACUAGAAAGCAAUGCUCGUUAUAAAUGCCUUAAUUUUGAAAUAACUUCUAACAUGCAAUUGCAUGGUUUUAGUGGCUAUUUUAAUGCUGUACUUUAUAAAAAUAUUAUAAUUAGUAUAGAACCAUUAACUGAGAGUUUUGGAAUGUUCAGUUGGUUUCCAGUUUUUUUUCCAAUCAAGGAUACCAUGUUUGUUAAAUCGGGUAAUGUUAUAUCUGUGCAUUUUUGGAGAUGUUGCGAUAAAAAUARAGUGUGGUAUGAAUGGUGUGUAUCUUCCCCAAACCAAACACCUAUUUAUAAUUGCCAAGGAAAAUCAAAUUCUAUAAGACUGUAAUUUAUUAAAUACUUAAUUUUUAUUACAUUAGUAAUAUUUUUAACUAAUGUAGAUUYUUGACU